ACACCACACACACCACACACACCACACACACACACACACACACCACACACACACACACACACACACACACACACACACACACACACACACACACACACACUACGACACGCGCUCUGCUGUGCAAACCUGUUCAGAGAGGGGAAAAAAGAGAAGAGUGUACAACAUCAUGGCCAGGUUUAAGAUUCCCACUGGGACGUUUCUCUUCCUCCUCAUCCUCACUGCCUUCAUCAUCGACACGGAAACAGCUCGCUGCUGCUUUUCCUACACACACAGGCCUGUUCGCUGUGGACGACUCAGUGGCUACUUCAUCCAGGAAAUCACCAGAGACUGUGACAUCAACGCUAUAAUUUUUAAGACCAGAGACGGGAGAUUCAUCUGCGCUGAUCCCCAAAGGGAAUGGACUCAACACAGGAUCGCCUGUCUCUAUCGCCUGUGGGAAAAGGCUGGAAAGAUGGCUUGAUAUACGACUGAACUGAGUCAAGAAGUCAAGUCAAGAAGCCUUUAUCGGACAGGAUCUUGUUCGGAUCUCGUUCGGGAAAAAUCGGCCUGCAUGAUUUGCAAAAUAACCUUUAUGUUUAAUUGUAACUUACUGAAAUAUUCAGAAUUAAUCCUCAAUGGCAUCCUGGAUAUAUUUCUUAAUAAAAGUGAGAUUUUUUGAGGUUUUCAACUAACGUUUUCCUCCAUUAGUCACAACACCGUGCUGUAAGAGGUACAGUGGGAUUUAUGAUCUCUUGCGUUAUCUCCACCUGAAGAGCGUGAUGCAGCGGCGCUUUAGUGAUAUAGUGUGUCCAGAUUUCACACUAACACCACCAUCACUAGCUGAGCUGAGUCUCGGCGUCGCACAGCUACGGUGCAUUUUGGGACUUUGGGUCCCGAAAUCGGUAAUAUAAUAAGAGUACAUAAAAAAGCAGUUAUAAAUAAAGGACCGUAAAGGAAUAGUAGAAAGAGAAAGAAAGAAGAAAAAUCUAAAGUCUAAACUGCAUAAUUUCUAUCAGAUGUGAAUUAUUAUGCUUUAUUUAAUAAAACUGCUGUAAUAAAAGUAUUUUGUGUGAUUUUACUCCUGAACUGAGAGAAAUCCUGUGCUCUGUGAUUAGACUGUGAUUAGAUAAGGAUCCCCUCAUAUCAGUGAUCUGCACCGGGAAGACGUGUUACAGCAGGGUUCAAAUAUCUUUCCGAAAAAUGCAGCGGUAUCUGUCAUGGGGGUCACGUGUCUAAUAUAUGUCUUAUUUUAGAUCUUUCUUCAGCCGCUUACUGAGGAAUUUUAAAGAUUUUUAAUAUAAAGCAUUUUUUGGAGAUUGGACAUCAUCUGGGGUUUGGACCUGACUUCUGUAGAGUGGUUUAAACGUUUUAUAAUCCCAAUAAGCAGCAGUUCUACAGUAUAUACAGUAUGUAGAGUAUAUAUAUAUAUAUUAUCAUUAAUAUUCUGCCUUCCAUCUAUAUGUCUAGAUUCCUGAAUAUCUGUUCAAAUAAAAUAAAAGUGAGUAGAAAAUAAAAAAUUUUUUUACAUUCUGUUCAUAUUGUCAAACAUACUGUCUAAUUAUUUGCAUUCUGGUGUGUGUGUGUGUGUGUGUGUGUGUAAAUGCCCCCUGCAGGACAAAACUAAUCCACAGGUGUGUAUUGAGCAGGGGGAAAUGUACAGAAUCACACCGAAUCAUGUUUACUCGUUUUUGCUGUACUUUUUUGCUUAAACCAUAUAUGUUCAGGGUAAUUAGC